GCUCUGCUCUCAAACGCCACUUCUUCUUCCUCUUGUCUGCCUCGGGAUCAACGCGCCAGGAAGCAAUGGCGAUGGCGUCGUCGAGCGGCCUGAGGAGCUGCAGCGCCGUGGGCGUGCCGAGCCUGCUGGCGCCGUCGUCCCGGUCCGGCCGGCUUCCGUUCUGCGCCAACGCCACCACCUCCGGCCGCGUCACCAUGUCCGCCGAGUGGAUGCCUGGCCAGCCCCGCCCCACCCACCUCGACGGCUCCUCGCCCGGGGACUUUGGCUUCGACCCCCUCGGCCUCGCCACCGUGCCGGAGAACUUCGAGCGGUUCAAGGAGUCCGAGGUCUACCACUGCCGCUGGGCCAUGCUCGCCGUGCCCGGGAUCUUGGUGCCGGAGGCCCUGGGGCUGGGCAAUUGGGUGAAGGCUCAGGAGUGGGCGGCCGUCCCCGGCGGUCAGGCGACGUACCUGGGCAACCCGGUGCCAUGGGGCUCUCUGCCGACCAUCCUGGUGAUCGAGUUCGUGGCCAUCGCCUUCGCCGAGCACCAGCGCACCAUGGAGAAGGACCCCGAGAAAAAGAAGUACCCCGGCGGCGCCUUCGACCCGCUCGGCUUCUCCAAGGACCCCGUCAAGUUCGAGGAGUACAAGCUCAAGGAGAUCAAGAACGGCCGGCUGGCGAUGUUGGCGUUCGUCGGGUUCUGCGUGCAGCAGUCGGCGUACCCUGGCACCGGCCCGCUGGAGAACCUGGCCACCCACCUCGCCGACCCGUGGCACAACAACAUCGGCGAUAUCAUCAUCCCCAGAUCGAUCUCCCCUUGAGCUGAGACGAUCGCGAGCUGAGAUGAGACGACAAGAGACGAGCUGCGCUGGGAGUGUGGAUGGUGCUCAUGUGUGUGAUUGGUUGAUUAUUGGGCACUGCGUGCGUGCGUGAAGGAACUGUACAACGACGGCGACUCUCCGGGCCGGAAACCCCUUGUAAUGUAAAGCUUAAGUAGCGGCUACUCAUGUGAAUCCACCCAACUUUUGUACCAAAAUUGAAACUGGUCUAGCUAAAUUCCAUGGUGAUGGUGAUGAAA